AUAUACUCUCUGGUCCAUGGCCCGAGAGUAUUCUAAGUUCGCCAACUAACGAUGUUCAAAGAAAUCGAAACCUGAGCCCUGAAUUUUGUUUCAUAUUAUUGAUAUGAUUUAAAAUUUCAAGUAUUUGUUUAUAUCUUUUAAUCUGUUAUCAUAGUGUCCUAUUGAUGAUGGAAUAGAAUUUGAGGAGCAAACAGCUUCAGUUCGAUUUUUACUAAUCAUGUUGGCUACAUGAGAAGACCUCACUAUGAAGGAUGUAAUUGAUGUGAUGCAACUACAACGUGAGAAGAGCAAACAAGCAAUUUCUGUGGAUUAUCGAGAAGUUGAAAACAAUUUCGUUGCUGUGCGCUUCAUAUUUGAGUGUGGGAUCAAGUUAGAUGCUCAACCUUUGACUAUAGCUACAGCUGCUAUUUUGUAUCACAGAUUCUUUAAAGAAGCUGAUUCAAGUGGCUAUGAUAGCUAUUUAAUUGCUGCAACAACUUUGUACUUGGCUGGCAAAGUUAAAGAUGAUCCUUUGAAAAUUCGAGAUGUGAUAAAUGUUACUCACAAUACCCUGAACAGAGGAGCAGCUCCUUUAGAAUUGGGUGAUGAAUAUUGGAAUAUGCGUGAUGCUAUUGUUCAAGCUGAAUUGCUCAUAAUGAGAAUGUUGAAAUUUGAAGUAACUAUUGUCCAUCCACAUAAGUUCAUGUUGCAUUACUUGAAAUCCUUGGAAGGUUGGUGUGAGAAAGAUGACUGGUCCAAGAUGCCUAUUGCAAAGGCAGCUUCAGCUUUUCUGCAGGAUUUCCACUAUGAUCCAGCAAUUUUGGAUUACACACCACAGCAUGUAGCAAUUGCUUGCAUUAAUUUAGCUCUACAGUGUUAUGGUGGCCAGGUACUGCCUACAGAUGAAGGAGAAGGAGUUCCCUGGUAUUCAGUAUAUGCAGAUGAUUUGCAAAAGGACAAGUUAUGGGAAAUUAUGGAAAAAAUUAUGGAAGUGUAUAACAAAGAACCAAAGUGAAUUUCUAUGAACAAUUCAAAUAAGUGUAUAUGUUUUGUAGUUUAUUUUUUAUUUGUCAUUUCAUCUGUUCGUUAAUUAAAAAUAUAAAGACUAAAGCAAGUAUGGUCAAAAUGAAAUUGGAAUUUUCAAUUCCAAAAGAUUUGUGGACUGUUUUUCAACCCAGAAGUUGUAUUUUAGUAGUUUCUUAUAUGCCUAUGAAAGACAACACACAUUCUUGUAGAACACUUAAUGUUAAGCAUUUAAAGUACAAAAUAAAAUGUGCAAUUCAUUCAAAUUAUCAAUUUCAUAAAGGAACUAUUUUCAUUGUAUGUUUUGUAGGAAGUUUUGAACAAGUUCACAGUAAUUUUAAGUGAAUCUAAUAAAACCUCUUUGUCCAUCAUUCAUGCAUUGUUUUAUGCAAUCAACAAAACUUGCAUAAAAGAAAAUGUUUUGAUGAAAAUUAGGUAUUUAUUAAAGUUUUUUUUCUUCUUUGCUUAAAAAUACAUUGUAUUUUUUUUAAUUUUCUCCUGUGCCUUUGAUUUGGCUUCUUAGUCAUGCUCCAUAGUUUUAUAAAACCAUGAAUUGCAAUUGUGCUUUGUGUUUUCUCCACACAAAAAAAGCAUAAUUUAAAUUUUGUGUGUGUGUGUGUAAUGCACAAAGUACAUUUUGCUUGUUUUCUACAGAGAUUUUUUUCCAUAAGGUGUUAGAUAAUCUACUGGACUAAUGUGAACCUUUAAUAUUCCUGCAUUGAUUUCUGGUUUAAAAGGUUGUCCAAAUCAUCUUGCAGCAGAGAAUGUCAAUUUGCUAGGAUUAUAUUGAAAAGAUUAUUAUUAAGUUUUGGACAUUUCCUUUAAGCUUUGAAUUUUAAAUAUUUUAUGUACUUCAAUGUAGUAAUAACAUUUAAUUCAAUUCCCUGUACUUUUCUAUGCUUCAUCUUCCAAAAUUAAUGCUUUGAAAAUUAUUUAUGGGUUUUUUAUUUACUCAUUUUCUGAAAGACAUUCUUUUUAAGGCAUCAUUUAUAUGAACCAAUUGGCAAGCUGAGAAACAAGAAUUGUUCUUUUGGAAAGAACCCUACUUUUAUCAUUUUUAAGUCCUUUAUAAUUUUUCUCCUUUUAGAAGUACUAUUUCUUAAAAGUUUGUUUAUUUUCACAAAAAGACAUCUGGUAUUUGCUGGUCAUUGCUGAUCGUUAAUUUUAUAUUUCAGAAGACAGUGAAUAAAAAAAUGCUUGUCAAAUAGAUAUUAAUAAACCUAACAGUUGAAAGUUAAUUUUUUAUUGUCUCAAUUUCUUGGCAGCAAUGAAAACAGUGUUUAAAAAAUAUUCUAUCACUAAUUUCCUUGUGAACUGCCUUACCUCCACAAAGAAGUCUAUGUAUAUUAAAAUACAUUUUACUAU